AUGAAGUGCAUCGCGAUCGCUACCGCCCUUGCGGCCUUUGCUAACGUUGCGCAAGCCCAUUACAUCUUCCAAACUCUUACUGCGAACGGCGUCAAGGGUGGCAUUUUUCAGAAUAUCAGGCCUGUCCCAAAUAACAGCCCUGUUACCGACCUUGCAGACAAGAAUCUACGCUGUAAUGCAGGAGGAAACUCGGGCAGCGGGACUACAACCGUCUCUGUAGCUGCCGGCUCCACCGUCUCGUUCACCGCAGACCAAGCCGUCUACCACCAGGGACCUAUCUCGUUUUACAUGACCAAGGUCGACUCUGCAGCCGCUGCAGAUGGAUCUACCGACUGGUUCAAGAUCAAGGAGAUUGGCCCCACAUUCUCCGGUGGCCAGGCUACGUGGGACAUGAGUGCCACGUACUCCACGACUAUCCCCAGCCAGAUUCCUGCUGGAGAGUACCUACUCCGCAUCGAGCAGCUCGGUAUCCACAACCCUGGCAGCCCACCCCAGUUCUACAUCUCUUGCGCUCAAAUCAAGGUCACUGGCGGCGGCUCAGGCAAGCCUUCUCCUACUACCAAGAUUCCCGGCCACGUCAAGAGCACAGACUCUGGCUACACCGCCAACAUCUACAACAACUUCAAAUCUUACGUUGUUCCUGGGCCCAAGGUUGCUACCUACUAG